GCAUAGAAAUGUAUUGACAGUCAGUUCUCUCACUCUCUCUGUGUAUAUAAAAAGUGAGAUUCAGUUUAAAAGACCGGCUUUUAGUCAAUAAAUCCGUUCAUUUAGACCACAAUUAACACCAAUUUAUAGUCAUUUUUAUUCAUUUUAUUUAUUUAUUAUUCAUUGAAAGCCGAGAAAUGUAUUCAUUUACAGGUUUCGUGAAAGUGUUGUCAAUAGUUGUCAUAACUUUUAGCCAAUCGUGUCAUUCGUUGUACGACAAGAAGUCGGAAGUGAUUGAAUUGACGCCAACCAACUUCGAGAGCAAAGUGACCGAUUCGGACGAUAUCUGGAUCGUGGAGUUCUUCGCCCCGUGGUGUGGACACUGCAAGUCAUUGGUUCCCGAGUACACAAAGGCCGCCAACGCUCUCAAAGGUGUGGUCAAAGUGGGCGCAGUGGACGCCGACGCCCACAACUCUCUCGGCUCGCGAUUCGGUGUCAAAGGUUUCCCCACUAUUAAGAUCUUCGGCGCCAAUAAGAAGACACCCGUCGACUACAGCGGUCCCCGUUCUUCGGGCGGACUCAUUGACGCCGCUUUCAAAGAGCUGCGAAAAGUGGUGGACAGCAGAGCGGGCGGCGGUUCUAGCGGUGGUGGCUCUUCGGGCGGAAGCGGUGGUAAACGUGGGGGCGAUAAGAAGGAUGUGAUAGAACUGACUGACGCCAACUUCGAGGAGAAAGUGCUGAAAAGCGAUGACUUAUGGUUAGUUGAGUUCUUCGCCCCGUGGUGUGGACACUGCAAGAACUUGGAGCCCAUUUGGGCCGAAGCGGCCACUGAACUGAAGGGCAAAGUAAAGAUCGGAGCGUUGGACGCGACCGCUCACACGUCAACGGCCGGCAAAUACAAUAUUAAGGGCUUUCCAACGAUUAAAGUGUUUGGUUCGGGAAAGAAAGACGGAUCCGCCGAGGACUACGAGGGCGGACGCGCUGUCAAUGAUAUCGUGAACUAUGCACUCGAUAAGGUGUCAGAGAGCGCACCGCCGCCCGAAGUGAACGAACUCGUCAGUGAAGACACGUUUAAAGCUUGCGAUGGCUAUCAGUUGUGUAUUGUCUCUGUUUUGCCUCAUAUUCUCGACUGUCAGUCAAAAUGUCGUAACGAAUACAUCGAAACUCUUCGCAAAAUCGGUGAUAAAUACAAGAAGAAUAAGUGGGGAUAUCUGUGGAUCGAAGCCAUGGCUCAGCCGGACGUCGAGGACGCCCUCGAGAUCGGAGGCUUCGGAUACCCGGCGAUGGCUGUACUGAACGUCAGAAAAAUGAAAUACUCUCUCCUUCGCGGCUCUUUCAGUUACGACGGAAUCAAUGUUUUCCUCCGCGACUUAAUGUACGGAAAGGGCUCCUCCUCUCCCUUAAGAGGCGCAACACUUCCCAAAAUCAAUACCAUUGAGCCGUGGAAUGGAAAGGAUGGAGAGAUGCCUGUCGUGGAUGAGGACAUUGGUGUCGAUCACUCCGAGUUAUAAUUACAAUCCAUUCAUUAUUUCCAACAGUUUUCUACAAAUUGUGAUCUUCUCUUCCUUUUUACUAUUUCUUAAUUGUCUUAUAUUUAGAAAUAUUAAAACAAAAACUAAUUUAAAAAGUACUUCAAUUAUCUUUUUGUAUAAACAAUUAAUUUAAAUGCCAUAAAGACAUCACUAAAAACAUUAACAUUUAUAAACCAUUUGUUUUUAAAUAAACUAUUUUUAAACCAAAAUUAAAGCAAA